AUUUCUGAGAAAAUAAUGUCUGUGACCAAAGUACACAUUUAUCCGUGUGAUGGUCUUCCUGAUAACAUAUGUAACAAUUGCUUGGAAAAGUUAGAAAUUUGCACAGAAUUUAUUCAGCUAUUCCAAGAUUCGGACCAGAAAUUACGGACCUCUGUGGAAAUUGUAGAAGGAAGAACAAAUUUUAAUGUAGGAGACAUAUCUGAAACGAACAAUGAAUUCAGUGAUUAUCCAAUAAGAAAUAUUAAAAAUGAGGUGUUAAAUGCAUUGAAACAAAAAUGCAUAGAUGAAGUAGAAAAUAUUCAUUUAACCAAUGUUAACGAAAGACAACAAAAGAUCAAAGAGAAAUAUCAGUGUUCAAUAUGUGGAAAACUUAUGGCGUCAGGGUUUACUUUGAAAAACCACAUAAGAAUUCAUACUGGAGAGAAACCAUUUCUCUGCACACAUUGUGACAAAAGCUUUGCUUCGCUACAGGCUCUCAAAGUACACCUCAGAACUCAUACUGGAAUAAAACCUUACAAAUGUAAAGAUUGCGAUUUAACAUUCGCUCAUGCAGCUGGAUUAAAGGCGCACGCGCGUAAACACUCGGGUUCUGUUCCGUAUCGUUGUACCUUGUGCUCACGCGCCUUUCGCCAUAGUGGACAACUACAGUAUCAUCUCCUCCGACACAGAGGUGAACUGAACUUCAAGUGUGAUAAUUGCCAUGGCAAGUUUAUAUCCAAAUUCGAAUUAAAACGCCACCUCCUCACGCACGGAGGCAAGCCAGCCACCUGCCACCUCUGUGGGCUUCAAUUAUCACGCCAAGCACACGUCAAACGUCAUAUCCAAGCGGUACACGAAGGGGUUAAGCCUUUCUCAUGUACGGGUUGUUCAGCAAAAUUCGCACAAAAAUGUGACUUGGAUAAACAUAAAAUCAAACGCCAUAUAAAAAGAAACUUGAGUAACAAAUUUACGCCUAACAAAAUCUAAUGGGCGCGGUGCGGUUCAUUCCUUAAAACAACAAAUUAUGAUAUAUUGGUCAAAAUAACACUCAAGGGAUACAAUUAAUUUAUUCUAUGCUAAGUGUCAUUCGGUAUAAUAAAGGGUUCAUGUAACUGAUUCAAUCUGACAUACCGGUGUUAUAAUGUACAUUAUUUAUAUUAAAAUGUCAGAUAUAUAGCAUUAUACAUGUAAUGUUUUGAUAUACUGAAUAUUUAUUAUACACAAUUAUACAUUUUGUUGUGGUACAUUUAUUAAUUAUAUCCCAUGAGUGAUUAUACCAUGUGAAAUUAUAUUAAAUACCGUUACACUAAGUGCAAACAGAUCUGUUGUUAUAUCGACUAUUACACACCCAAAAUGUGUACCUACAUACCAUUAAAGCUUUAAAUUGUCUCUAUGAUAAUAAUAUUGUUACAUUUUAUAUUCAAAUAAAGUUAGUUGUUU